CGUUUUCGACGCGGAACCGCCUUUUAGUUUUCCCUCGGCUUUUAAUCAUGGAUUUUAAAACCUUGCCAAACAAUCUUCAUGAAGAAGUAUCCUGUUCUGUGUGCAUGACCACAUUCACAGAUCCAAAAACGCUGCCAUGUUUACACAGCUUUUGUCUUCACUGCUUGGAAACAAUUCUACGAACGAGUGGCCGCCAUGAUAUCAUUACUUGCCCAGAAUGUAGAAGAGAGAACAGAGUCCCUGGAAGUGGAAACCUAAAGGACCUGCCGACCAACUUUCGCAUCAACAGUCUCCUAGAUGUGUUGGCAAUCAAAGAGUGUAACACUACGGCAGUCCAAUGUGGAAACUGCGACAACAGAAGUGCACAGAGUUGCUAUUGUUUCCAAUGUUGUGUCUUCUGGUGUAACAACUGUAUCAUUGGGCACAACAUAAUAAGAGCUAACAAAGAACACCGUGUUUUGGCGCUUACUGACUUUAAAGAAGGAGACUUUGAGAACGUUUUAAAACGCCCAGCAUUUUGCCAAAAGAAACAUCACAAGAAAGAUGAGCUGAAGUUCUUUUGCAAGAUUUGUAAAACUCCAAUUUGCAAUGCUUGUGCUUUGACAGACCACGAAGGUCACGCCAAGAUGCUUCUGGAAGAAGCAGCGAAUGAACGCAAACUACAAAUGAAAUCUGUGAUCGAGUCGCAAAAGAAACAAGUCCAACAGCAGAAAAACAAAAUCACCAACAUUGACCAAACCUGUAUUCAAAUUCAAGAGCAUGCCGCUGGGGUGAAGAGAAACGCGCAGAAAUUUGCCGAAGCGGUGAUCUGCGUCAUCCAAGCGAAGAAGCGCAAGAUCUGUUUUGAAGUAGAAAAUCAAGCGGCUGAGUCAAUCCAACGUCUUGUAACACAGAAAAGCGAGAUUGAAAAUCAAGUACAAGUGAACGAGUCGGAACUUGAACAAGCUGAAACACUUUUAGAGCGAAGCACAAGUGCUGAGAUUGUGUAAUUAGACAA